AUGCCCAUCCCAACAGCCUCCCACCUCGACAAGGAGACCCAGGCCAACUCAACAGCGCGCCCAGCCGGCUCAGCAGGCUACGCCUCUCUCGAUACACUCUCCGCCAGCGGAAACAACAGCAGCAGCGGUCGCCAGCUCGGGACUGGGACGGGCGGCACCGUCAGCGCACCGGGGUCCGAUUCGUCACAGAAUGCGGAGAGUGAACGCGCAAUGAGCAAGGAGGAGGCUGAUCGGCUCUAUGAGGAGAGGAUGGAGGAUGAGUAUGCUAAGAGGGAGGGGGGUGCAUGGCCCAAAGUCCCUCACACAGAAAUCAAACAAACCGAAGAUUACAUCGCCAGCAAAACCUUCACAGACCCAGAGGCCUCGGGCGCCACAGGUCGACGGUUCCUCUUCGCGUGCAUUCGAGCCGAUGACCCCGACCAGACGGUUAUCGGCGCAGUGGGCAUCAAUUCUCUGCUCCCGAGUCCAUCCGUGGGGUUCGGGAUGAAUCCGGAUUUCUGGGGGAUGGGAUAUGCCAGUGAGGCUGUUGGGGGUCUCGUGGAAGCGUGGUCAAAUCUUGAGAGAAUUGUACCUCGGGACACUACUACUAUUGGCGCUGGCGCUGAGGGGGAGAAGCUAUUCGCUGCUUGUAAUAAGGAGAAUGUAGGGAGUAUGAAGGUGUUGCUGAAGAAUGGCUUUCGUGUUUACGAUGAGGUUGAGGCAGAGGGGGAUACGGUGGUGCUUUUCGAUAUGGACAUGCCGCGAAAGGAGAAUAUCUGGCAUUGUGGGGUUAUGGGAAAUUUAGAGAGAUCAAGUUCCAUCUAG